AUGGCUGUGCCUUCGUCUUCGGUUUUUUCUCUACCACUACCGUCUUGGCUCCACCCGCCUGGUACUCGUAUAUCUCAAUAUGACCGCCGGAAACGCAAAAGGAGUGUGGGGUGGAGUGAAAGCGAUGUGGAUGGCGAGGAAACAACUGAUGUAGCCUCUGCUACGGAAUCUGAGCCGGCUGGGGCUCCCUUGGUAUUGACGCCGAAUGAAUCCCAUCAGUACCGAAUUGCCGGUUUUCCGUCCAACCAAGAGUUGCCGAAAGGCCAUUUCCCUCAUGCACAAGAUAAGGAUGAGCAACUCAGAAGAGAGACUACCUCACGCCACCUCAAAGACUUGGCGGCAUUAUCACCUCCAGUCUACCCUCCUCAGUCGGCUCAGCAAGGCAACAUUCGCUUCCAACAUCUGGGUGCAUUGACAGCCAUUUUACAUCGAUGUAUGCUCCAAGGUGAUUAUCUUCGAGCCGGACGAGCUUGGGGCUUGAUCUUGCGCGAAGAUUACAGAGGCUUUCGAAUGGACGUCCGCAACGAAGCAAGGUGGGGCAUCGGCGCUGAAAUCUUGCUGCGGCGUGACGAACAGGAAACCCCAGCCAAUCCUGGUACCACCAAGGUGCCGAAUCCAAUGGAAAGCACACGCGUGAAUUUUACCACCAAGGCCUUUGCGGCAGCCAAAGAAUAUUAUGAGCGACUUAUUCUCAACCAUCCGUUCAUGAAAUCUUCACCACAGUCUAUUUCCUCUUUGCACUUCUACCCUGCAAUGUUUGGGCUUUGGGUAUAUAUAACCCAGGAGGAAAGCAAAGCGAAUAGGAAAGAUAUUGCUCUUCGCCAAGAAGAAGAGCCUGAUGAGUUUUCUGAGGACGACAAUUCAGAAUCUGAAUUCGGCCACCGUCGGAAGUCACAAAACAAGGCAGGUGCUGCCAUCGCAGCUAUCAGGGCACUGGAGUUGGAACAGGCGCAGCAGAUUGCUACCCGUAUGGACCAGCUUCUAGGAUCUCCUCCAUACUCUGAUUCGCCUGAAUUGCUGGAGCUUAGAGGGAUGAUCUCUUUGUGGAUCGGUGAUCUAUUCCUGUCUGCGCUAUCAUUACCAGCAGACUUUGAAGACCACGACCCCGAUCGGAUGCUCAUGGAUGAAACUCCAGGCUCCCUUGAAGCAAGACGUGAGCAUAGGCUUGCAACAGAGAAGAAAGCAACCGAAGUCCAAAGGUCGAUUGAGCUCUUCGAGAAGGCCAAGAAACGAGGCAGGAGUGUCGCAUACAAUCUGGAGCAUUUUCAUAUUGAUCAUGACUCUCCUGGUUGA